UUAAAGCGCUGCUGCUGUGUGGCUCUGUCAGCAGAAAGCAGAGCCCUUGGAGCGCUCUGGGCUUUUACGCACUGAAAGUCCGCGCCGAUCUUCUCUGAGACUCGGCAGCAGUGUUUAACGUUACUGCCAAAGGAGAGCUCUGUUAUUCUCGUUGAGCGAGAAAAUCUUUUUUUUUUUUUUCCCUCUGGUGGAAUUUGCGCACUUACUUGGACAUACUGCAAAGAGGAAUCCGCUUUUACGCACUUCAGGCUGGCUCAUCGUUGGGGCUUUUCCUCGUUUGCAGAGCCCCCCCAGAGUAUAUUUGCGAAGAGGAGAGGGUUGACAAAAGGCUUUUAAACGGCCGGGAUAAAUGUAGCAGGGGGGUGCGGAUCACGCAGCGGGCGAGAGUGGCGUGUUUUCGUGGCGAAGCUGUUGGAGUUGGAGUUGUGUGACAAAUUCUGCAAUGAGGAACGCGUAUUUUAAAACCCGCAACACCAAAGCCUCCGAGGUCACGGUAAUGGCUUCUCUCGGUUGCAGUUUGUAAGAAGGAAGAUCUGUGUACACUGUAAGUGUCGUCGCGAGGAGCAUGCAGUGACAGCCAUGCCCGUAGAGAUGGAGAAGACGGUCACCAAACUGAUGUACGACUUCCAGAGGAACUCGACCUCGGAUGAUGACUCAGGCUGUGCCUUGGAGGAGUACGCCUGGGUUCCACCGGGUCUCAAACCUGAACAGGUUCAUCAGUACUACAGCUCCCUGCCUGAGGACAAGGUGCCCUACGUGAACAGCCCAGGGGAGAAAUACAGGAUCAAACAGCUACUCAAUCAGCUCCCGCCCCACGACAAUGAGGUGCGCUACUGUAACAGUCUGGAUGAUGAGGAGAAGCGAGAGCUGAGGCUCUUCAGUAACCAGCGGAAGCGCGAAAACCUGGGUCGGGGCAACGUCCGCCCACUCCCCGUGACGAUGAUGGGGGCGAUCUGCGAACAGUGUGGCGGCCAGAUAAACGGUGGAGACAUCGCUGUGUUCGCAUCCCGGGCAGGUCACGGUGUGUGUUGGCACCCUGCGUGCUUCGUGUGCAGCAUGUGCAACGAGCUGUUGGUGGACCUCAUUUAUUUCUACCAGGAUGGAAAGAUCUACUGCGGUCGGCACCACGCCGAGAGGCUGAAGCCACGCUGCACUGCCUGCGAUGAGAUCAUCUUUGCAGAUGAGUGCACCGAGGCAGAGGGCCGUCACUGGCAUAUGAAGCACUUUUGCUGUUUUGAGUGCGAGACUGUGCUGGGGGGUCAGCGUUACAUCAUGAAGGAGGGACGGCCCUACUGCUGUUCCUGCUUCGAGUCCCUGUAUGCAGAGUACUGCGAUUCCUGCGGGGAACAUAUUGGUAUUGAUCAAGGCCAGAUGACGUAUGACGGGCAGCACUGGCAUGCUACAGAAGGCUGCUUCUGCUGUGCACGCUGUAAACGCUCUCUGUUGGGUCGGCCUUUCCUGCCCAAGCAAGGCCAGAUCUUCUGCUCCCGCUCCUGCAGUCUAGGGGAAGAGCCUAAUGGCUCCGACUCCUCUGAUUCAGCCUUUCAAAGUGCUCGCUCCACUAGAGAGUCCAGACGCAGCUCUAAAACUACAAAGAAUGGAGGGGGAGGUGGGGUGCAGACUGAAAGAUGUUCAGGGGAAGUGGACCCAUUGUCUUUACAAAUGGAUCUUCUGAGUCUGUCCAGCCAAACACCCAGUUUGACUCGUGAGCCGCCUUCCUGGCAGAACCAGGAGCAAGCAGGCGAUGGUUACACUUAUGAAUCCCAAUCUGAUCCAACUGCUAAUCCCACACCUCUCCAGCUUCUUAGCCAGUGCAAUGUCAGAAGUGUCUAUAACCCCACCUGCUCUGGACAGAAUAAUCAACAGCAGGAUUACAGGAUCAAGGAGAAUGGAGGUUUAAAGCGACCGCCUAUUUCAGCCAUGAAAGGCCACUCUCUGAAUGAGACAUGGUUCCAACAGCAAGCUCCAGAAGAGUACUAUCCACCCAAACUGAGGACCCAAAAGAGCUUCACUGAGGUGUCCCACUGCACUCAAAAACACAAUGGCUUCUCCUCAGACAAGCGUUCGAUUAGUUUGCACGGUUUUCAGAGGGACAGAGAUGCGGGGCCUUCAGCAACUACCCAACAAACAGCAAGGAGCAGGAACCCAAUAAAUGCACUUAACUUGACAGAGCAACUGACCCCGUUAGAGCAGACCCCAAGAGGAUCCAUGGAGUCUCUGGCUCUCUCCAAUGCUACAGGCAACUCAGAUGCCGGGGGAAAGCGACAGGAGCACCUUUCACGUUUCUCUAUGCCAGACCUGAGCAAAGACUCUGGAAUGAAUGUGUCUGAGAAAAGUCAUGUGGACACCCUCAACAACUCAGGGCAGUUUCGCAGCUCUGAGUCCAUUCACAGUCUCACCGCUGGUCAGUCCUAUAUGGAAAUGAACCCUCACAGGCCCACUCAAUACCAGAUGCAGUACUGUGACCCUUCUGGCAUGGGUAUGGGCAUGGGUAUGGGCAUUACUCGUUUACCACCUGGCUUCACCUUUCAGGAGGAAGAUGGGAUUAGUUUGGUGAGCAACGCCAACGCUUCACGCUUGCCUCCCAUUAGUGAGCGCAGGGUGGGUGGAGGUGGUGGUGGUGGAGGAAGGGGAGCCAGUAUCCGGAUAGAUGCUCCAGAAGAGACUCCACAGAGGCGUAGGCACCACCAUCACCGCUCUCGGAGAUCCCGUCGUUCUCGUUCAGAAAACGCUCUCCACUUGGUGGCAGAGCAAAGACAAAGACCUCAAGAAAGACCACAGCUACAUGUCCGAGAGGAUUAUGACUGUUUCCCGCCACCAAGGAAUGCAAGGGACCAGUUUGGUGGAAGAGGAGGAGGGGGAAGAUACCAGCCCCAACUCUUCAGGCAGUGCCCCAGGACCACUUCAGACCUGAGUCUACAAAACCCUGGGGCCAACAGACGCACUGGCUUGAAUCAGUACUCCUGGGAUGAUUAUGAUGACGAUGACUGGUGCUCCACUUGCUCAUCAUCCUCAGAAUCAGAGGAUGAAGGUUACUUCUUGGGUGAACCGAUACCCAGGCCCAUCCAGCUGCGCUACCUCAGCAACCAGGAGCUGGUCCACAAGUAUAACAACGCAGGAAUGGGAGGACCCAACCGCAGUGGGCAGUUACACACCCGCAAACGCAGAAAAAGCAAGAACUGCAUUAUCUCUUAAUAUCUUGACAUUUGCUCAUUAUAUAACUUUUUAGCCCUUUUCAGACAUGCAUUCCUUACCUUUAAUCUAGCAACAUCUGAACAUGUUACUUCAGCAGUGCCAGUCUUACAAGGCACUGGAUAAGUUUGAAAGUAUGCCGUAACAUUAAUGGAUUGGCUUGGACAAUAGUAGGAUUAUGCGUGUCUGCUCUGACUUGUUAAGCUCACUAACGGACAUGAUUAUUUUGGAAGUUAAAAAGCCAGUAACUGGCAAAUGAGACACCAGUUCUCAGUAGGUGUCUCAUGGUCUCACUCUGCUCAAGGAAGCCACAAACCCUGUCCUUUUUGAAAAAACGUAAACACAAUAAACUGACCUUUUCCCCCCCACACACCGGACGAAGUUUUAAUGUCCUGCAUUUUCCACAUUUAAACACCAGUGCUGGUCAGUGCAGACCUCAUGGACCAGUGACUUCAUGUAUAUAUAAUCUUAACAUACCGUACUGAAGAUAGACUGUGAAGGAUGACUUUAACCUGUUCAGAAAACAUUAAUAAAAAGCAAUGUAAACAAGUUAGUUUGCUUCCAGCUGUUUAUAGAAGUCUUUCUUCUGAGCAUAUUACAUACCUGCAGUAAGUUAGCAGCAAGAUUUUUGUGGCACUUAGUUUAUUGUAAUUUAAAAACCAUCUUUAACGUGGAGACAGGGAUGAUGACACUGUAGACUUUAGACAAAUGACCUGUCGUAGUUUUUAGGCUACAGUUUAUAAAGUGUCUAAUCUGUUUACAAAAAUGUGUGGAUGUGGAUGUAUUCCCAUGACUACAAAUAGACCUGGCAGAAAUAUAUAUAUUUAUGAAAUGAGAGCUGAAUACAGCCAGAACGUUUUAAAGAUUUUAGUACGUAUAUAUGACAUGAGGACAGUCUCCUUCCUUCAGUGCUUUCUGAGUGAAGCCAUGAGAACAUUUAUGUAAAAUGGACCUACAUCUGAAUGACAGAACCCUCUGACUUAAACAAAUUCGUGAAGCUAGCAAUGCUACAUAUAUCCCGUGUCUGAAAAGGGCUGUUGUUCACCUUGUGUACACUAAAAUUCUCCAUCUGGAACAAAAACAAAAUCACCUACUCCAACUAUUCAGUGUUAUUUAUCAUUGAUUAUGAUGUAAUUGAAAGUCAGUGAUGAGUUACAGUCAGUUAACUGUAAAAAAACAAGUGUUUGCAUGUUUUUUUUCCCCUUUUUUUAAUGUUUCACAAUAACUCCUGAGUAUAAAGGCGAACAGUUACAUGUGCAGUUUUGUCAAGUCCCAAUGUUUAUCAAAAGCUGAGGUGCAAUUUUUUUUUUUAACUUAAUUUCCACGCAGCCAACGAGUGUACAUUAUCAGAUUGGUUUAGUUUUGCUUUUUCAUGCAAUGUGAUUUAGAUAUAGGAUAUAAUGUACUAUUGAAUUCAGUUUAAUAGUAUGUAAAUAAGUGAAAUUAUUAAUUCUUUUAAGUUAAUGAAGUCAGUGUACAUAUGGUUGUAAAUGAAGCCUCACAUAUUUUUAUAUUUGUAUAGAUGGAGUCAUUUAUGUAUUAAAUAUCUAUAAUGUAGAGCUAGAAAAAUGACCAAAACAACGUUAUGCAUGUGUUAUUUGGCUGACCUGGUCCUGCAUUUGGAAUAAAAGAGUACUUCACUGAG